ACACAGGUCCUUUGAACUGCUGAAACCAACUUGACUUGAGCCCAUUUGCUUGAUGCAACAUGUUUGAGGCCAGCUUGUCUGCACGUGUGCCGCCUCCAGGCAGACUAAACCGGUUCGGUGGAGGAGGGGUUCUGUAGACGGAGGGAAAAUGAUGGGUUGUGUGUAUCUGCAGUGGAGUUGCCUUAUAUGGAAUGGCCUUGCGCUGCAGCCUCAGCCGAUUUGCCAAGCUGCUUCUCAGAUUACAGUCUGUCCCUCCCCCGCACCACACAGCUUAAGCCAGUAGUGAGGCAGCUUUGAUUCGAUGGGCGUUCCUCUCAGGCUUAACCGCCUGGUUGCCUUGGGAACUGGGUAGCAGAGGGAGGGGGGCUGAGAGAGAAAAGAAAAGCGUUUCCAGGUCAGCUCAAACAUGGAGCGUGGAGCAGGGAGACAAAGAGGAGGUGAAGAGGAGGAGCUGAUAGAGGUGAAGGAGACCGGGGCUGCAGGGCAGUGGGGUGAGGCAGAGGUGCUGGCUCUCCUGUCUGUGUGGGGGGAGCUGGGAGCAGCUCAGCGUUCAGGUGUGAGCAGCAGAGACACGUUUGACUUCAUUUCCGAGCAGCUGAGAGGGCUCAGCGUCCUGCGGGACUGGAGGGAGUGUCAGGCCCAGUGCAGGAGGCUGGGAUUGCAGGGCAGGAAGGCUGAACAGCCGGGCACAUCCAGCAACUACCGCCAGGGGGCAGCAGCCACAACGGACACCCAAAUGACACCCAGUGACUGGGAGGAGGAGGAAGAUGAUCUGACCAGUGACAAAGAAGCCCACUUUUCCUCAGUCACAUUGCAGGAAGGAGGCCAAUGUCCCCCUGUCCGUGGGCCCGUCCCCUAUGCCCAGUAUGUGGGCCCUGAGGGGGGCCGCCACUGGACAGACGAAGAGGUGCGAGCUCUGCUGUGUGUCUGGUCGGACCGCGAAGUGCGCCAGCGCCUCAAAGGAACACUUCGAAACAAAGCCAUAUUCCAGGAGAUGGCCCGGCGCAUGCAGAGAGGCUUCGGAGUGGUGCGCAACUGGAAACAGUGCCGCACAAAAUACAAGAACCUAAAAUACGAGUACAAGACAGCCAAGAGUGCCCAGGCUACCGCAGGAGGCAGUGGCCCGGGAAGGUACAUGAAGUUCUUUGACGAGGUGGAGGCCAUCUUGCUGGACAGUGGAUUUGACAGGGAGAACGGGGACAAGGAGACAACGAAGAGCAGACCUGAACUGGACCGAGGAGCAGAGAGGCUGGGACCUGUUGGAGGUCAGACACAGGCUAGGGUGCCUGAAGGAGACCUGGUCAUUGAGAUUGAUGAUGAUGACAAUAGUGAGGAUUAUGAGCUGGAAACAGAGCAAAACCACAGGGAAUCAGCCUCUCAUGCAUCCCCACUGGACCAGUCUGGCUCGGAGCAGUUCAACGUGGUCACGGUGUCUGACACAGGCCGGAACUGGAGUGACCAGGAGGUGCGUGCGCUGAUCCAGGUGUGGUCGGAGGAAAGCGUGUGCAGGCAGCUGGAAAGCUCCACCAGGAAGCGAGACAUCUUUGUGCAGAUCUCUCGUCGGCUUCUGCAGCAGGGGGUGGAUCGGGACUGGAAGCAGUGUCACACCAAAUACAAGAACCUCAAGUACCUGUACCGCUCAUUACAGAGGGGCAGGGCUGACGGCACAGACCCACGGCGCCUCAUGAGGUUUUACGACGAGGUGGACGCCAUUUUAAACAGGGUAGAUAGUGGACCUGCCAUUAGAUAUGAGGAACAAGCAGAGGCGGGCGCCAUCUUGGCUGGGGGCACCGUGAUGGGGUAUGAAGAUGACACAGAGGCCACGUUCGUGAUGUCAGACAGGGCAACUGCGAGAAUGGGACAUGCGGAGGGGACUUGUCCAGUGAAUGCUCACACAACUCCAAGCUAUGACGUUAUCCCCAGGAAUGAGGACAAACCGACAUACACAGGCACUGCUGAGACUGAUAACAGAGAGGAUCUGACGACAAAAAGAGGGCUGAAAAGGAAGAUUUCGGACCAAGACCCCUGUAGAUCUAUGAAGAGACAAGAUACUGGGGGCAGCUGUGCAGAGAGUAUUGACAUCAAUUUCAAAGAGGAGGAUCAAUACAUUCCUAUCAUAGAGAUAAACUCAAUCUGCUCCAUGGCAGCCUCUGUUUCAUUCCGCCAAAAACAGGGUUGCACAUCAUCAUCCAACAUGGCUUCUAAAUCUGUCGAAGAGCUGAAACUGGGACAGAAACUAAAUGAGGGAAAGACCAAGCAGAUCAUCGAGCUCGCAGAUGAGUCGGGCCAUGUUCUGGUCCAGUCCAAGGAUCAAAUAACAGCAGGGAAUGCGGCGAGGAAGGACCAGAUGGAGGGAAAGGCCGCGAUAGCAAACAGAACCACUAGCUGUGUUUUCAAGCUGUUGCAGGAAGCAGGCAUUAAGACCGCUUUCGUGAGGCAGCAGUCAGAGACGGCGUUUGUGGCGGCUCGCUGUGAGAUGAUCCCAAUUGAGUGGGUCUGUCGGAGGCUGGCCACUGGGUCCUUCCUCAAGAGGAACCCAGGGGUCAAGGAAGGCUACAGGUUCUCCCCUCUGAAAAUGGAGAUGUUCUUCAAGGAUGAUGCCAACAAUGACCCCCAGUGGUCAGAGGAGCAGCUGCUUGAGAAGAAGUUCUGCCUGGCUGGGCUCACCAUUGGUCGCUGUGAGGUGGACAUCAUGAACCGAACCACUGUGGCCAUCUUUGAGAUCCUGGAGAGGGCCUGGGCCACCCAGAACUGCACCUUGGUAGACAUGAAGAUUGAGUUUGGCGUGAAUGUGAGCUCUAAAGAGAUUGUGCUUGCUGAUGUGAUUGACAACGACUCCUGGAGGCUGUGGCCAGCCGGAGAUCGGGGCCAGCAGAAAGACAAACAGGUGUACCGGGACCUGAAGGAGGUAACUCCCGAGGCCAUGCAGAUGGUGAAGAAGAACUUUGAGUGGGUCUCUGAGAGAGUGAAGCUUCUGCUAGAGCCCCAGGCCAGUGGCAGAGUGGUGGUUCUGAUGGGCUCCAUCUCGGACCUGGCCCACUGUGAGAAGAUCCGGAAGGCCUGCGGCUCCUACGGAAUCCCCUGUGUUCUCAGAGUCACCUCGGCACACAAAGGACCAGAUGAGACUCUCCGCAUCAAAGCCGAAUACGAAGGUGAUGGGGUAGCGACUGUGUUUGUGGCUGUGGCGGGCAGAAGCAAUGGCCUCGGUCCAGUCAUGUCUGGAAACACCGCCUACCCGGUCAUCAACUGCCCACCCAUCACCCCCGACUGGGGGGCACAGGAUGUGUGGUCUUCCCUUCGAAUGCCAAGUGGCCUUGGUUGUUCCACAGUCCUCUCCCCUGACGCUGCAGCCCAGUUUGCUGCUCAGAUCUUUGGGCUCAGUGACCACCUGCUCUGGGCCAAACUGCGGGCCUCCAUGCUCAACACCUGGGUCUCUCUGAAGCAGGCUGACCAGAAGCUGCAGGCCUGCAGCCUGUGAGAAGCCCCCUCUACUGCACUGUAUUAUUCCUGUCCCUGACAGACCUUCACCAACAUGUGUUGUGAUGGUCUACUGCCUGCCCUGAGGUCUAGUAAUAAGUUGAAAAUGGUAGUUUACUAACUGUAACAAGAGCACUACAUGAUCAUUCCCUUAAUAAAGAAAUUCAUAUGAAUAAACA